AAAUUCAACCAAACACUUGAGUUUCAAUCGAUAAAUCGUGGUUUUAAUUGAUUUGUACACUUGAAACCUUUUCUAGCGUUAUUUUUUGGUAUUGACAUGGGAACAAACAUCCACUUCAUUUUAUGGAGGGACUGUACAAAGUUUCGUUUGUGCUUUUUGUACAAAUUCAGUGUGCCAUAUUACAAGAAAGUGAAACGCGCGAUAAACACUGUUAUAAAAUAACAUUUCUGAAGUAAAUGUUAAUAAGUAUCAGUAAUCAACGUGAGUUUAACGUUUUCUAACUGUGGAUGUUCUUUAAAACUCAUCAUCAACAUCAAGAACUUUGAGUAGAAUUAUGGAGAAACGUUCCGCGAGAGUGUCCGAGGCACAGUGGAUGAUUUUAAUUGACUACCUGGAAAGUAACCCCAACCUCGCUAGGGCUAGGGGUUAUAACAAUAGUGCCCAAAGAAGGGCCCUAGCAUCCCGACUGUGGCAAGAGGUGGCCACUCUUCUAAAUUCAGAAGGCUCGGGAACAACAAAGUCUCCGAAGGACUGGUCAAUUUAUGUCAGCAACUACAAAAGCAAACUCAAAAAAAUAGUUGCUAACAUAAAUGCAGAUGCCACUGCCACAGGCGGAGGGCCUCCAGGAACAAGUACCUUGUCACACACUGACAGGCGUUUUCUGGCCUUAAUGGGGCCGGGAUUCGGCCAAACGGCUCCUCAGGUGAUGGUUCAACCUUUUCCGGAGGAGCAGCCAUCCACUUCGAAUAGUUCUACAUCUCAGUUGGUUUUAGAAGAGAUGGACUAUGUUUCACAGGGUGAACAAGAGACAGUUGAAAUUGUAGUAGAGAUAGCUGAGACUGAAGAAGCAACCGAGUCGGAAACAAGGCCAGCUGAGACUGACACAAGGCCAGCUGAGACGGAAACAAGGCCAGCUGAGACGGAAACAAGGCCAGCUGAGGUGGAAACAAGGCCAGCCGAGCCACUAUUACCUCGUCGAAGCAGGCAACGACAAAGGCUGCGAACUCGUCCACUGGCUCCACUAGAUGAGGCACGGAGAAUACUGUCUCAAGUGGAGAUGCAGCGUGCUGCUGCAGAUGCUGCCAAUGCACGAGCAAAUGAAGGCAUUGCUCUCAACUUAGGACGUCUUGCUAAUGUAGCAGAGAAUUUUCUGCAACAUUUUAUUUCGCAGAUCAAUAAUUCUUCAUAAGAUAAUCCUUUCAUUUUGUACUAGCUUAUGCCCGCGGCUUCACCCCCCUGAAAUUUAGUUUGUCACAGAUCGUCAUAAAUUAUAGCUUAUAUGUUAUUCU